AUGACCAUCUGUCCCGUUGUGGUGUCGAGCACUGAGGAGGUGGUGAAGCUGUACCGGGAGCUGAGCCAGCACCCGGAGCUCAGCAGCGCCUGCCUUGGCCCUGAUGUCACCACCCAGUACGGGGGCAAGUACUGCAACCUCUACACCGAGUGGUGGCAGCGGGACCUGGCACGGGCUGAGAGGGUCAAGUUCUGCCGCCAGUACCUCAUCUUCCAUGAUGGGUCCUCCAUCGUCUACUCGGGGCCUGCUGGCACCUGCUCUGAGAUCAAGGACGAGCUGCUGAGCCGGGAGUCCCCCAGCGGGACGCGGAAGGCCGUCCUGCGCAAGGUUCCUGGCAAGGAGAAGGAGAAGCAGUUCCUGGAGGUCUGGGAUCAGAACCGCAAGGUGAAGAGCAUCGACCUGACAGCACUGGACAAGCAUGGCAGCGUCUAUGAUGAUGACCAGUUUGGCUGCCUGGCCUGGUCACACUCGGAGACUCGCUUGCUCUACGUGGCGGAGAAGAAGCGUCCCAAGGCCAAGUCCUUCUUCCAGAGCAAAGCUCCUGAGCUGGACACCUCUGAUGAGGAGGUGGGGCAUCCAGAGAAGGAGGAUGUGUCCCUCAAGGGUGAGCAGUUCGUGUACCAUGAGAACUGGGGGGAGUCUCUGAGCACCCGCAGCGUGCCCGUCCUCUGCAUCCUGGACGUUGAGGGCAGCAGCAUCUCGGUGCUGGAGGGCAUCCCAGAGCACCUCUCUCCCGGCCAGGCUUUCUGGUCCCCUGGUGACACCGGCGUGGUGUUUGUGGGCUGGUGGCACGAGCCCUUACGCCUGGGGCUGCGGCACUGCACCAACCGUCGGUCAGCGCUUUUCUACGUGGACCUGAUGGGUGGGAAAUGCAAGCCACUCUCCGAGGACACCAAGGCCGUGUGGUCCCCACGGCUCAGCCCUGACCACUGCCGCAUUGUCUACCUGGAGAACGACAGCCUGGGCCCCCACCAGCAGUGCAGCCGCCUCCGCAUGUAUGAUUGGCACACCAAGCAGACCAGUACGGUGUUGGAAGCUGUGCCACGGCAGACAUGGGGUGCCUUCCCGGGCAUCUACUGCGACGCACUGCCAGGGCUGUGCUGGGCGGCCGACAGCCGCAGGCUGGUGCUGGACACAGCCCAGCGCAGCCAGCAGGACCUGUUUGUGGUGGACACGGUGACAGGCGCCACGACCUUGCUGACGGCUGGUGAGUGCCAGGGAUGCUGGUCUGUCCUCACCAUUGACCGGGACAUCUUGGUGGCCAGUUUCUCCAGCCCUGCCUGCCCCCCAGCACUGAAAGUGUCAGUCCUGCCUGGUGCUGGCCAGGAGGCACGGCCACAGUGGGUCUGCCUGCAGGAUGCACCCUCCUUGCUCAGCAUUAGCUGGGACGUCCUCACCCUGCAGCCCCCGCCCGAGCAGGAGCACCCCCAAUUUGGGGGCUUGGACUUCGAUGCUAUCAUGCUGGACCCCUGCAGUUCUUCCCAAAAGCCCCCCCCCUUGGUCGUCAUGCCCCAUGGGGGUCCCCACAGUGUCUUCACAGCCGGAUGGAUGCUGUACCCAGCAGUGCUCUGCUCCAUGGGCUUCGCUGUGCUGCUGGUGAAUUAUCGUGGCUCACUGGGCUUUGGCCAGGACAGUGUGGCCUCCUUGCCAGGCAACGUGGGCACACAGGAUGUGGGUGAUGUACAGCUCUGUGUGGAGCGGGUGCUAGACGAGGAGUGGUUGGAUGCCAGCCGGGUGGCACUGGUGGGGGGCUCACACGGGGGCUUCUUAGCAUGCCACCUCAUCGGCCAGUUCCCUGACACCUACCGCGCCUGCGUGGUCCGCAACCCCGUGGUGAACAUUGCCUCCAUGGUGGCCACCACCGACAUCCCUGACUGGUGCCUGACAGAGGCGGGGCUGCCCUACACACCUGACACCCUGCCGGACCCUGCCCAGUGGGCGGAGAUGCUGCGCAAGUCGCCCAUGCAGUAUGUCAACCAGGUCCGUGCACCCGUGCUGCUGAUGCUGGGAGAGGAUGACCGGCGUGUGCCCCCCAAGCAGGGGCUGGAGUAUUACCAUGCCCUCAAGGCCCGGGGGAUCCCCACACGGCUGCUGUGGUACCCAGAGGGUGGCCAUGCACUGGCCGGUGUGGAGAUAGAGGCUGAUGUCUUCAGGAACUGUGCUCGCUGGCUUCUCCAGCACCUGGGGCAGCCCCAGCAGGGUGAGAUGGGCCAGCACAGCCCCUAG